AUGUCCACGAUCCUCCGCAGACUCCAAGGGGGUAACCUCGAAGUAGUCAAGUUCGGCAUGUACGUCCUAUUCCCCAUCGGCUGGAUGUACUACUUCGGAACGAAUCUCGACGAGCGCUUCAGCGUACCCGGGUUCUGGCCUACCACAGAGCAGUCACAUAAGAUCCCGCUGGAGAAGGAGGAUAUCGAUAAGGAGCUGGCGCGCAUGCGCAUGGCUGAUGCGGUGAAGCGGGAGCGACGGGAGCGGGAGCGGGAGAUCGAAGCCCAAACGCAGGCUCAGGCCCUGGCGCAGGCGCAGAGUGGGCAGGGUUCAAAUUUAGAAUGA